UUCCCAGUACAAACACAUUCCAGCCUCUCGUCACUCCCAGCACCAGUACCCAAUCAGGCCGUGGUUCCCCAUUGUUGAGGUAUGAUCCAAAGCGGGCAAACACAUCGUACGGGGAGAUCGUUGUUGGACGACAAGCUGCAAAACAGGGGCCAAAUCGAUGAGUGGAAGUGUUGACUUUUCUGAAGUGGAGCUACUGGAGAGCCGCAUCCAUCUGGGGGAAGGUGCACAGGGGUGAACUCUGGAGGUUCAUGGGGUCUUUGGACUACCACAAGAAGAUGAGCGGACCAAAUAACAUAAUGAACAUUCAUCUGAAAGCCAACCAACUUGUUAUCAUUUACCUUUGCCUCUCUUUGACCGGAGCCUCAGAAACGGAGCGAAGGCUCCAUCAGGAGAUAUUCAAGAACUACAACUUGAAGGUACGACCAGCUCAGUACUGGGAGGAGAAAGUGAUGGUGCGGGUCGGAAUGACUUUGUCCCAGCUCGUCAGCUUGAAUGAGAAGAACGGCGAGAUGACGACCAACGUGUUCAUGAAUCUGGAGUGGAAAGACUACCGCUUGUCGUGGGACCCAAAGGAGUACGACAACAUCGACGUUUUGAGGAUUCCCGCAAACAAGGUGUGGCGCCCCGAUAUCUACCUCAUAAACAACAACGACGGUCAAUUUGACGUCGCUUUAUACGUCAACGUCUUGGUGUACAAUGACGGGACAGUCAACUGGCUCCCGCCGGCCAUCUACCGUACUUCUUGCUCUAUCGAGGUUGCGUAUUUCCCCUUCGACUGGCAAAACUGCAGCAUGGUUUUCCGCUCGUAUACCUACGAUGCCUCGGAAGUCGAUCUGCAGUAUUAUCUGGACGAUAAUGGAAAGGAGAUCCGGGAGAUAGUCAUAGACGAGAAUGCCUUCACGGAAAACGGCGAGUGGAACAUAUGCCACAAACCUUCGAGAAAGAACGUCAAGGAGGAUCUGUAUGAGGACAUCACCUUCUACUUGAUCAUUGAGAGGAAACCUCUUUUCUAUAUCAUCAACAUCAUUGUUCCCUGCAUUCUCACGAGCGUUUUGGCUAUUUUUGUCUUUUACCUUCCUCCCGGAGCAGGAGAAAAGAUGACCCUUUCCAUCUCGGUUCUCAUCGCCUUGACUGUCUUCAUGCUGCUGCUGGCUGACAGAGUCCCAGAGACUUCACUGGCCAUCCCAAUCAUCGUCAACUACGUGAUGUUCACCAUGAUCUUGGUCACAUUCUCCGUCAUCCUGAGUGUGGUCGUCCUCAACUUGCACCACCGCACACCCAGCACGCACAUCAUGCCCAGCUGGGUUCGCAGUCUCUUCAUCAACUUCCUGCCCAAGUACAUCGGCAUGACCCGGCCCGAGCAAGACGAGUGUCUUUUGAAGGAGGAUUCUUGCGACCAAACACCCCCACCAAGCUUCAACGGACGACAGCCCGGAGGGGAGUACUUUUUCCGCAAGAUCAACCCCGAUCUUGUAAUACCUUGGAGAGGCAGGUGCGAGACUCCAGUGCGGCUCCAAAGGCUUCCAGAGACAGACGGAUUCUGUCUGAUCCUUCCACCCAACCUGAAGUCGGCCAUCGCUGCGGUCACAUACAUGGCUGAGCAGCUGAAGAAGCAAGAUAUCGACGAUACGAUGACAGAAGACUGGCAGUUCAUCGCCCUGGUGGUGGAUCGUCUCUUCCUGUGGCUUUUUGUUAUCAUCACCACUCUGGGCACUUUGGCAAUGUUCUUGGAUGCCAGUUUCAACUACACACCUGACAAUCCAUUCCCAUAAGAGGGCAUCAAAUUGUCAAGCGUCCAUAAGACCACAGCCUCCAGAUGGAUUCAUUUUAAUUUCCAACACAGUUCAAGAGAACAUGUGACUUUUUGAUGAUCCUGGAAAAGUCCCAUUGGUUGACAAAUAGAUAUUGUCAACCCCAAUCAAUUCAUUCAUUAUUUGUAUUAAAAAAAAUCUUUGUUUUAUAUUCACUUCUGGUGCACAACAACUCACUCGAGGAACAUAAUUGGCUGACAGAGCGCAUGUGAUGUCAGCGACCUAUUUUCAGGCUUGCUGGUGUGCAGCGAAGGGUCCGAGACACGCUGCGCAGUGCACGCACAAAUGCAGGCAAAGUUGGGGUUUUUUUUGCCGCGGACAAAAGAAGGCCCCUCUCAUGCAGGACAACUCUACAGUCCACCAGUCCCUGUCCUGCUGCUAAUCCACUCAAGUUGGGCCUUGUUGCAUAAGAAGCUUUUAGGAGCAAAACAACUGGUAUGAAGGUUUUUUUUUUUUUCCUUCUUUCAGGGAAAAGCUGUGCGUGGGCGCUUUAUUGUUAAUGUCUCGCUAACUUCCAGGGACACUUGUGGGACUUCAAUCGUCGGAAUAGCCCGCCUUCUUGUGCACUUCGGACCAGGAGGCCAGAGAAAUGUGAGGGAGGGGAAAGCCCCUUGCAUGUGAGAAUGCUCAAAGUUCUUGUCUGUGGGCUGAUUUAGCUUUUCUUCUAUUGGCCAUUCAACAACGUUCUCAACCAGUGAGUCAAAUGUGUCUUUACUGCUCUAAUAAAGCGAAACGUGGAGUGCAA